AUGAAGUUAUUGGCAAAGAGAAAUAGAAAGAAUGUACAUCCUUUCACUGUUUUGGUGAAGGUUGAUUCGAUAUCAAGUUUACAGGGAGAACCUAUUACACCUGGUACUCAAUUCGAGAUAGCAUGGAGACGUGGAGAUCAUAGUGGUGCAUCACCUCUAUUGUCUAUAACCAAUGGUGAACUACAUCCAAACAUCAUCUUCAAGAUACCAUGUAACUUUAAGAAGGAGUCCGGUCACGAUGACCUAGCCUCAAAGCGUCUAAUAGUCUAUUUGAAGAAGAUAGAGAAGAAGAGAGCUGUAAAGAUUGCAGUGUUGCAGAUUGAUCUUGCAUUGAUUGUUAAUAAGGAUGAUAAUACAAAGUCAAGACAGUACUCUUCGACAAUGAAGGGUAUUGAUAAUGAUAAGUUCAAUCCUUAUAUUGAGUUCUACGCAUCGGCACAACCUGGUAUAACCGAUGGAGGAGGCAACUUAAGUGCAUCUCAGAAGGAGUUGGAGUCGAUGAGUAACUCGGGCGGUAGUCUCGAGCUGUCGAGCAACAUAUUGAGCUCAGACCGCAGGAACUCCGUGUCCACGGUGUCCAGCGAUCAGAUGUCCGACGUCAGCUUCUCAAACAUUCAAGAGUCAAAGGAUCCGCUGCAUGACGACCCGUUCGAGUUCAACUUUGAGUCCGAGGCCCCGGCUUCCAACCACCUCACGCGAGAGGAGAAGAAGACGGACUUCAUCUCGCCGCCAUCCACCAGGUCCACUCACACCCAAGAGACCACUACAGGCAAUGUACAAGUGCCUCCAAGCAUUACUGUCUCGUCCAUGUCGGCACCAUUGCCCAGCCCACUUAGAGGCAACUCUGCUGAGAACCUACCGACAUCCUCCAAUCCCUUUGAUGUGUCCCCUAUCAAUUCACCGAUUCCGCCCAACUCCCCAAUGCCAGAGCGACGCAUGUCUACCGAUGACCAUGGCAUGUCCAAGAAACAACAGAAGCAAGCCAAGAAGAAGGGUGGCGACAGGUUAAUAACCAGCAUUCACAAAGAUCAUGGAUUCUUUUCCAGAAGGAGACAUUCAAUUGCUGCACCAUCUCAAGAUAAGAAAGAGGAAAAUGAGAACAGAACAAUGUUGACUGAUAGGCUUAACGAAGCAGACCUACCUCUCAACUCUGUCCUAUUCUCCAGAACUGGUGAUGAACGUCUUAAAUUCCUCAACGAGGAGAUGAUAUUAUAUAAGAGACCAGAGUAUUCCCAAGGCAUUCCAUUAUCAUCAAUCAUUGUAUACAAGUGUCUGUUUGAAUGGAAGGACUUCUCUCCACAUAAUCACAUCUGUCUGGAGAACAUACUAAAGUCAUUCGAUUACCUUGGAUCGAUGGAGAACAUGGACAAAGAGACUUCAUGCUAUUGGCUAUCAACAUCUUAUGGCUUGCAUUACUUGUUGGACUGCUCGUACAACCUUCGUGCCAAUGCCAAGAAGAGAGAUGAUGAGCGAUCGCCUACGAGUGAUUUGGCCACCAACACUGAGGCCCAGAACAUCAAGUUGUUCAUGAACAAGUUGCAGGCGAACCAAAAACAGUUCUGGCGUCUGCUGUGGAGGAAGAUGCACGCCGAGUUGGACACUGUGCUCAACAAGAUCGUCGAGGUUAUCAGCGACAAGAACUUUGUGCAGACCGAUCUCUACCUGAACUACCUUCGCGGCACGCUUGACUUCCUCGAGAAGCGUGUGCCAUUCUCCUCGCUCUGGCCCAACAUCUUCAAACAGAUCUUCUACUACACCUCUGGCUUCUUCUGCAACCUCUUCCUCAUGGACACUGUUCAUUCCAACUCCACCUGCGCAAUCAAUCUCAAACUAUUGCUAUCCUCCCUCGCACAAUGGAUCCAAGAGAACAAGAAGCAGAACUACUUCUAUUACUUCAAGAUUGAGAUGUCUGUGAUCAAUCAAUUGUUGGACGUGAUGAUUGUGGAUAAGAACUCGUUGAAGGAGGAGGCUGUGAGGAAGGAGGUGUGUCCAUCACUGCGGUUGAAUCAGUUGGCCAUACUGUUGGCAACAUUCAAUUCGUUGUCUUGCCAAGAAGAAGUCGAUCCAGAUGUAAUCAAGUUCCUGCAAGACAAGGGCAUAAAGAAUCAGGAGGAACAAGACUCGAGCAUCAACACCGACAUCAUGUUUGAUCUGCCAGACAAUCCCGAGCCCAGCAAGAAGUUCUUUGAGGCCAAGAUCCCGCAGGCGUCCGUCUCCAACAAGCGAUUCAAGUUCAUCUUUAAGCCAACAACUGUAUAUUGA